UCCUCGGAAACAAAGAAAAUUUCAUGUACCGUUCUCCGACUGGCUUUGUCAGAUCAUUUGUUCUUUCACUUUGGUUAAGCGUAGACAGAUUCAGACGACGGCGAUUUCAAGCAAAACUUCUGAUAUUCUACGAUACCAGAUACACGGCAGAUUCAAUAUGAAGUCUCUCAUAAUCUUGAUUUAUUUCUGCCUGUUGGCGACCUUCGUUGCUUCCCAAGAUGACGUAGUUGAUAACGAAGAUGGAGUGCCAGAGAAAGAGGAUGGAACAACUGAAGAUGCCGCCACCGAAGAGCUUCCUCUCUCAGAUGAGGACACAGACACAGACACCGUAUUCACAAAGACAAAAGACGAACCAGAGGAGGAAGGAGAUGACGUCACAAAUUUUGAUGAAUCGGAGAAACACCCAAAGAACAAAAAAACACCCAAAGCUAAAAGCGAUAGCAAGAAGGCCGGCGACGAUAUGAAAGCGCGGCAUUAUUUCGGUUCUGGCUCAGGGUACAGCGGUUCUGGAGACGGUCAUCAUCAUCAUAAACACCAUAAGCACGACAAACAUCAUCACGGUCACCAUUAUGAGCACAAUCACCAUUGCAGUAGCUGUUCCUAUUAUGACGACCAUCAUUACUAUGACUACCACCAUAGACGUCAUGGACAUCGUCAUCACCAUCACCAUCACCAUGAUCAUGAUCAUUCAGGAUCAGGAUCUGGCUCGGAACCACCCGGCCGAUUCAGAAGGGCUGCAAACAAAGGGGCUGACAAAGGAAAGAAAGAUGCAAAAAGCUGCUCCGAUAUCGACCAAAGCACCGUCACCGGAUUUGAUGGAGUGGGCGGAGUCGCAGAAAUCACUAUUCCUAAAUCAAAGGAGACGAUGAAUGUCUACUGCGAUGUUACAACUGAUAAUGGAGGAUGGACGGUUUUCCAAAGACGAAUGUUUAAUAGCACUAUGAGUUUUACCAAAACAUGGAAUGAAUAUAAGGAAGGAUUCGGUGAAUUUGACGAAAGUUUCUGGCUAGGUCUCGAAAACAUGUUCAAACUGACUCGCAAGGAAAAAUGCGAGUUAAGAGUCGACAUGACUGAUUGGAAUGAUGUGAAGACCUACGCUACGUACAAGGACUUCAAAAUAGGCAACGAGGACGGCAAAUACCAGUUACAAAUCGGAGAAUACAAGGGAACGGCAGGAGACGCAUUAGUCGACCAAAACGGAAUGAAAUUCAGCACGCAUGAUUCGGACAACGACCUGAGUUCCAUAAAUUGCGCUCAAGUUACUAACGGGGGAUUUUGGUUUAACGAUUGUUUCGAUUCAAACCCAAACGGUGUCUGGGUGAAAGAUGGCGGCCCGCUCAACCCAGGAGAAGGCAUAGUGUGGGAAGUAAUUGAAGGAUACGCUGAGGCGUUGAAGACUAUAGAAAUGAAAUUUAGAUUGAGCAAGUAAAAAGAGUAUUGUUUGCAUUAAGUUUUAGGUAGAAAUGUAGGACUUCCAGAAGUAUGUGCACCAAGGUGGCGCACAACCUGAACAUAGUUGUUGUACCAGGUUAGAGUUCAGGUUGUGCGCCAUCUUGGUGCACAUACUUCGGAAGCGCCAUAGGACCUCCAGAA